AUGCGCUUCUCAACCAUCAUCCUCUCCACCCUUACCGCCUUCGCCGCCGCGGCACCCGUCGCCGACACCCUGGAACCCCGCCAGGGCAACGGCAACAACAACAACAACAACAAGAACAACAUCGACCUCGCAAACCUCAACAACCUCCAAGGCUUCCGCAACCUCGACCUAAACUACCUCCUCGCCCUCAACAACCUCAACCUCCAGGGGCUCGGCCAGCUGGGCCAGGUCAACAACCUCAACCUCGCCGCCUUCCAGAACCUGUUCGCCGCCCAAAACUUUGACCUCAACGCCCUGCUGCAGCUGCAGCAGCUGUCCACCGUGCUGGCGAUCCAGCAGCAGGGCGUGUUUGGCAACGUCAACCUGGCGCAGCUGAAUCUAGGUGGCCUCAACUUGGGGCUCAUUGGCGGGGUCGGGCAGGUGAACUUGGGACAGUUUAUUGACCAGGGCUUGGUUGGGCAGAUUAACCAGGUCGUUCAGCAGUCUUCUGGUACGUUUUUGGCUUCGCAUAUGGACUAUUGA